AUGAAAGUAAAUUUACUAGUUUAUUGUAUAUUGAUCAUAUUUUCAACCAAUAAUACAUGUUUGGGUUAGUAAGAUCAAAGUUAAAACUCAAAUUAACCUGCUAAUCCUCCACAAAAUGCAGGGUAAUCGCAAAACUUAGGAUAACCGUCAAAAUAAAAUCCACCACCAAACCCCUGUGAUCUUAGUAUUUGUAAUAACUGUGAUAAUCUUAAUAAUAUAUGCAUUGAGUGCUAUGGUGGAUACAGCUUACAAAGUAACGGUACUUGUGAAAGUUCAAAAAACUUUGAAAAUAGAGGGGAUACAUACUCAAAAGUGAUUGGGAUUUUAAAUAUAAUAUUUAUAGUUUCAGUCCACUUUGGGUGGUACUUCUUUUCUAGAAAAAAUGUAGAAAAUUUUAUUGAUGAUAUCUAGAAUACAAUAAAAUAUGACUAAUAGAUUACAAAUCAAUAGAUAGGUUUUGUUUAGCAGAAUGGUAAUUAACAAAUUCAUUUAAGAAAUGGUGCAUCCAAUGACUUUGAAACAUAAAGUUAAAACAGCAAAUUCAACUAGCACUUAAAUGCAAAAAAUAAACACCAAAAUAACAAUCAAUCUCCUAUUUAAGUUCCCGCAUAUGAUAUGGAUAAAUAAAAUGGUCCAUCACCAGAUUUAACAAAUUUAUAUAUUUAAAACUAGAAUUCAAACUAACAGGACAACAACAUUUUUGUCCCAUAAUUUUAAUAACAACCAUUUGUCCCAUAGUAAAUUAAGCAAGUUAAGUAAAAAUAGGUUGUUGAAAGCUAUGGAGGAAACUAAGAAUAUUUAAAUGGAUAUUACCUAACUCAGGCAGGAGAUUAUUCAUUUAGGGAAUUUAAAAUGUAUCAUAGAAUUAAACACGUUAUGAUUAAUUUCAUAAUUUUGCAAAGACUUUUUACAAGCUUAUUUAGUAGAAUUAAUGUUAGAGGAGAUGAUAACGAUGGAUUCUAAGGUAAAGAGUUUAUGUUUCUUGGUUUAAUAAUUGUUGUUGCGUUAUAUUGGGCUUUCACUUUAAUUCCACCAGUCAUAAUUAAAAUUUUUUCUUGUUGCUGCUGUUUGAAUAAAGAACCUAAUGGAAGGUGUAGUUCUAUUUUUAUUGGUUUCUUGUUUUACUUUUUUUCUUUGAUAUUGACAGCCUUAACUACUAGUAUUAUUUUUAAAAUGACAGGAUUUGAAUCCUAAGUAUUUGUACUACUUUGUUUUACUGCACAAAUUAUCAUUGCUUUCUUUGAUAAAAAAUCAAUAGAAGUGAUGAAAAAAUAUAGAGGAAGCUGGUUUGAAACCUUAGUUAAAUUUAGAAAAAUUGAUUUCUACUCUACAAGCAAGCAUUUUUCUGGUGGAAAUUGA